AUGAUGGAAAAUUUAACUGAACAAUUUCGAAACACUCCUUGGGAUACAUAUGAGGGUUGUGAUUCAUCCAUUAUAAAUACUUCAAAGUUAUUCAUUCAAAGCGAUCGACUAAUUUGUGGAGUAUCUAUGUUGUUAGGAACAUGGUCCGGUUAUGUAUUUCCAGUUAUAUCAAUCCUAGGACUUAUUUCUAAUACAUUUAUAUCAGUUGUCACAUUUGUUAAGAUUAAAUUAAUGCCACGUCAUAUGGUCUACAUGGCAUUUGUCGCAAUCAUGAAUUUAGUAACGAAUAUAGUAUAUGGUUGGUUAUGGUUAUUUCCUUCCAAAGGUCUACCAUUCAUUACAAAAGGUGAAGUAUAUUUCAUCAUAAACAAUGUUUCACCAUUGGCAUGUAGAAUACAUCGAUUCAUCUAUUCAGCUGUGUCAACAUGCAUGUGUAAUUUAUUAGUUUGUGCAGCGUUGGAUCGUUUCUUUUGCAUAUAUUUUCCAAUAUUAUUUAAUAAAUUGCCGAAAUAUUAUGUUUGGGUUGCAUGUGCUACAGUCUAUCUAUUGAGCUUUCUGAUGAUGUUACCAGUACUCUUUAUAAGUGGUUGGUAUAUUGUUGACUCGAAAACACAAUGUUCCUUAGAACCAAGUCAAUAUGCAAUUCGAUUAUACCAUGCAUUAUUUUCAAAUUUAGGCUGUGUACAAAGUCUAAUACUGGUCAGUGUUAAUUUGGCAUUUCUUCUACGUAUCCGUAAACAUGUAAAAGAUACAACUAUGAGGAAGAUGAGUAUAACUGAUCGUAGACAAUUACAUACUACUGUAUUCUUUUUAGUCUACUCUGCUUCAUACACUUUUACAUCGAUUCCGCAAGCUAUUGCUUACAUUAUUGGUAGAUAUAGUGAUACUAAAAAUGCGUUGAAUGAUUCCAAAUUUGCAAUUCAAAUAGCUAAUAUUUUUUGGAAUUUACAUUUCACACGUGAAUUAUUUGAUUUUUUCAUUUAUUUCAAAUAUUUCAAAACAUUUCGUCUAGUUGUACUCGAUGUAUGUAAACCAUGUUUCAAAUCGAAAAUGAGUCAUCAUACCAAAGAAAGAAAUGGAUGA